UUUACUGCCACCUGUAGUUAUGGAAUGUUUGCUCACAAGUAUAAUUCAUUGUGAUGCCCUGGAUGGAAUUAUGUGAUCCUUCCUUAACCCAUAGGAAGUCCCUACCCAGUAGACUACUUCAAAAUUGCGAAAGUCCUCAAUGGCGCUGCCCAUGCUAAAACGUGCUUUUGGGCACUAUAGAGUCCUCUAUCUAUCUCUAUGGUUUGACCAUAGCCACAAGUUAUUCUAUUUCAUUGAGAAAAACGACCACUAUGAAGCGAUAAAACUCAAAAUGUGGACAUCAAACCCCCCAUGUCCAGAUUUGCAGAAGGAAAGGUAAAGGUACCCACUAUAAAGGUUACAUUAAUUACUUAUAGCGAAAAAUGUUAGCCUACCAUUGUUCUUAUACUAUAGCCAGACUUCACCAACAUAGUAAGUUCUCUGAGUACAUAUGUCUAUUUCAAACUGUUUAUAAAAAAAUAUAUAGAGUGAAACACAAAUGUUAACACAAAUUUUACAGUACAAGGUUUAGGGAUCUACUCCAGCCUCCGACGCGCCCACCCGCGCAUUAAUCCAUGGAACCAGCUAAUUUAGAACCCGCCUACCUUCCCUGUCAAUCUCAGCCGGGAAACUAGCGGUAUCGCCGUAUUACAUUAUCCAUCUGGUCUACUCUCGGAAAGAGUGGGGAAUUCUCGAGAAAUCAACAUGAAACGUCACGGGGUUUUGUGCCCUUUGACAUUUAUUUGCGCUUGUGUCCUUAUCGCUGCCGUCUGCUCAGUGAAAGGAGAUUACUGUGAAGUGAAUCUCUGCCAUAACGGAGGGACGUGUGUGACCGGGGUGGGGGAGGACCCAUUCAUCUGUAUCUGUGCUGAUGCUUUUACUGGAGACACCUGCCACCUCAAUGAGACUGGUCCCUGCAUUCCCAACCCCUGCAGGAAUGAUGGGUCGUGUGAGGUCAUCACUCCGACCAGACGAGGAGACGUGUUCAGCGAGUACGUGUGUAAAUGCCAGCCUGGCUUCGAGGGAGUGCACUGCCAGAUCAAUGUGAAUGACUGUGAGAAGCAGCCAUGUAAGAACGGUGGGAUGUGUCGAGAUCUGGAUGGUGACUACACCUGCCUGUGCCCUUCACCCUACGUUGGAAAGCAAUGCCAGCUCCGUUGUAUCUCUCUGAUGGGGAUGGAGGGAGGAGAAAUCGUAGAGUCUCAGAUCUCGGCCUCCUCUGUACACUAUGGCAUUAUGGGUCUUCAGCGCUGGGGUCCUGAACUGGCCCGGCUCAACAACCAGGGCAUGGUCAACGCCUGGACCGCCGCCAACCAUGACAAGAACCCCUGGAUGGAGAUCAACAUGCAAAAGAAGAUGCGCCUAACUGGCAUCAUCACCCAGGGUGCCAGUCGAAUGGGCAUAGCUGAGUACAUUAAGGUCUUUAAAGUGUCUUCCAGCUUUGAUGGUAAGACCUACACCCCCUACAGACCAGCGGGACAGAGGAAGGACAAGGUGUUUGUGGGUAACAUUGAUAAUGACAGCACCAAGACCAACCUGUUUGACCCUCCCAUCGUGGCCCAGUUCAUCCGUGUCAUUCCUGUGGUGUGUCGCAAGGCCUGCACCCUGCGUAUGGAGCUGGUGGGCUGUGAGCUCAAUGUAUAUUCCAACACGACAGGUUGCUCUGAGCCAAUGGGCAUGAAGUCCCGCCUCGUCUCUGAUGGACAGCUCUCGGCGUCCAGUGCCUUCCGCACCUGGGGCAUUGAUGCCUUCACCUGGUACCCACAGUUCGCCCGGCUAGACAAACAGGGCAAGACCAACGCCUGGUCCCCCGCCACGAACAACCGCUCAGAGUGGCUACAGGUGGACCUGGAGAAGACCAAGCAUCUGACAGGCAUCAUCACCCAGGGGGCCAAGGACUUUGGGGUGGUGCAGUUUGUGUCCGCCUUCAAAGUGGCCUACAGCGACGACGGACAGGCCUGGAACCUGGUGAAGGAUGAGAACACCAACACAGAGAAGAUUUUCCAAGGCAACAUUGACAACAACAUGCAUAAGAAGAACCUGUUUGAGCCUCCGUUCUACGCCCGCUACCUGCGUGUUGUGCCCUGGGAGUGGCACGAGCGCAUCACCCUGCGCAUGGAGCUGCUGGGCUGUGACUUCUAGAACUACAUUACCCAUAAUCCACCAGUGCUCCACUCAGCCCUUCACCCAGUCACCAUACCGUACCUGUUCACACUUGACCCACACUGGAAUCAGUCACACCUUCCUCUGCACCAGGACAUAGAAAUCUAAUGUAUAGAAUGUACAUUGGGAAAAUGUGUCAGGUUCUAACGUUCCAGAACUUUGUAUCAAUAGAAUAUGCUCCAGAUUAAGUCUGCUCUACAGCUUGUAUUUCUACAAAUAUUUUUCUGACUUUUUAUUAUCCAGCUAAAACUGAUCAAUUCCAAUUGGUUUUCGAUCCUUUCCACAGUGACUGUGGCACAGUGUCAAUUCUAAAUACAUGGGCUCUCACAUUCUCUUUGUAGAAUUAGGGGAUGUCUGAAAUGACAGCCUAUUCCCUAUGUAGUGCACAAUUUUUGACCUAUUGGCAGUACAUGUGCUGUGGUCAAAAGUAGCACAGUAUAGGGAACAUGUCAGACAAACCCUUCCCCCAGCUUUGCCAGUUGCAACACGUUCCAAACACUCACAGUUCUGUGUGAUGUCACUUUGCCAGCCGACCUAGCAGCUGCUUGUCCCGCCGUGCUCUCUGACAUUAUGUAUCCAGGGUGAGAGCCUUCUAUUUACAGCAGUGGUAUUCAGAGUCAGGGUCGCCAAAUAAAAAUAACAUCCUAUCCCAGUCGGUGUGGACUUAUCCUAGUUGGUGGCAACCUAAAAAAUGAAGAGUAGCCAACAAAUUAUUGUAUUGGACAAUAUACGUUUUUGAGAAAGAUUGGUUCUCUUAAUUUUUAUAAGAGCGACGAAAAGACAAUGAAUUGAAGGUUAUUUGUUGAUGUAAAAAUCGAAACUUAGAGAUUUGAAGGUUGUGUUUUUAGAUUUGGGUUGGGGUCACCAGAAAUUCUGCCGAAAAAAUGUGGUCCCUGCUGAAAAAGUUUGAAUAGCACUGAUUUACCACAGGAGGUUGGUGGCACCUUAAUUGGGGAGGACGGGCUCGUAGUAAUGGCUGUCGCAGAAUUAAUGGAAUGGUAUCAAACACACGGUUUCUAUGCGUUUGAUGCCAUUCCGUUCGCUCCAUUCCAGCCAUUAUUAUGAGCUGUCUUCCCCUCAUCAGCCUCCACUGUGAUUUACAGUAAACAAAAGGCUCUGUCGAGGACCACAAAAAAAGCAGCUUGCAGUCCUGAUGUGGCCCCCAGACCUGGAGUUAAAGACCCCUGGUCUACCAUAAUAUAGAUGGGAGUGUAUCGCAGGGAGAGUAGACACAUCAGCUGGUCGAUAUGAGCACUUAGUAGUAUAUUGAAGCAGGGCCUGUGUGCAAUAUACUUUUUGGUAAAUAGCUGGACAUAAUAAAUUAACAAAUUUGUUAAUUGACAAUGGAAUUACUGUACUGUAUAUUACCUAUACUGUAUAUUAAUUGAAGGAAGGACAUUGCUUUUUAAAGUGAAACUGAAAGCUGCAAAGGAUUGUUCAGUAUGAUGUACCUUUCACACUUGAUCCAUGACUUCAGUUUUUUUCCAAUUUAGCAGAUUUGUUUAUGUUCUAAUAGUAAUCAUGCAUUCCAAGUAGGCCUAAAACAGGGUUUUCCCAUAAUUUAUUAGCAGAAAUGAAAUUGUACAGACAAGAGACAAGUAGAAAUUAUUGAGUGAGUAGAAAUUAUCAGACAAUAUGUUGUGGUUUUUAAUUACUUUUUAAAGAAAUGAAAUAUGUUGGUCUUCAACAGACAUCAUUAAUUAAAAAAAGUUGAAAAAC